AUGGUCGCUUUGGAUGUAUCUGAGCGUUGGCGCUCCUGUGCCGUCUCUAUUAUUAGCAGCAGUCGGAAUGCUGAAGAAUUUCGCUUCCCGAGUGUAUGCGAACCUAUAAAGUAUGGCCAGCUUAUCGAAUUCGAACUGCCGGAGCUCAAACCUGGCCCGGAUGAGAUCAGCGUGUUCAGGGUACAUCUACACCGACUCCUCGAACGGCGGCGAAACACCAUGAACCAGAAAUACCUUUACUUUCCGGCGAGGCUGACACAACAGCGCGACCUUCCAGAUGACAUCGCACAGACUCUGAAUGCAUUAGACGUUGAGCAAAUGCACGAGUUACACGGAGUCAUCUUAUCAGUAUCGCGAGAUACCAAUGUGUCGUGGCUUGACCUUAGUCAGGUACACAUCAAUCCGUAUUUUCAUCACCUCUUCGCACGCGAUGGCCGGAUCCAGCAUGUCUUCGGUCGAUGGGAAAUUAAACUUCGCUCGCCAUCGGACAUUCCACUCAUCAAGCGAACACCGAAUACCAAUCUCCUGAUCGAUUUGAUUGGUUCAAUGCACAUAACCUACCCACUAUGCAAGACACUGGGCAUCUAUCACACCGUUAUAGGUACAGAAGUGAUGAUGUCUAGUCCUAGUCAAAACGCUUUUAUAUCGAGGGUUCAUAACGACGACGGCAUUCGUGUCUCUGAGCUGAUCGAUGCUCUAGAGCUCUGUGCUCCUGGUGUGGUAUCUGACUGGAAGCGUGACGUCGGCCGGUUUCAUGACUACUUAGUUGAUGAGUCACUACCCGCUACGCCGACCAUCAUAAUUUGCAUGGACAACUCGCGGAUGCCCGCUGCUAAAUUUGACUACCAUAAGGCAUCGCAAAUCUUCGGGAGUUAUGAGGCCAGAACAAUGGGGUGGGUUCAAAUGGGUUACUCGGCGCAUAUCACGCGUGUCGCCUACCUGGCAGCUCGACCAUUUCACGCAAGCAGGGAAGGCGAAUGGUUACCAAAGGAGCUCUUUGAGCCUAUGAUGACUGAAACUGGUCAUAGCCCGAUAAACUGGGAUACGUAA